AGGUUGUCAUGCGAAGCCAUUGAUACCGCUGAGGGGCCCCACUGCUCGAUCUCACUUUUUGGAGGUGCAGUCGUGCUCGUGGAGAUCGUGAACCGUUCGAAACAGUAUGACGAGUCGCCUAUUUCCACAUCUCGCCAAUCACACUGUCGACCGGUCUCCCAGGAAACGCCACUCUCACCAAAAUAGAAUUAGGAGCGCCGUCGUCAUUGGCUUGGCGCGGAAACGCUUAGUCCCCGUAUAUGAAAUCGUCAUGUCGUCUACCGCAUUGUACAGACAUCUACUGCGCUGCGUCGCUUUACUGCCGAAGGAGGUGCAGCCAUAUUAUAAGCAUCACGUUAGGCAAGGUUUCAAAAGCCACGAGGACGAGGACGAUCCUGAGAGAAUAGAAGAGAUAGUGAUGAGAUCUAGACAAGACGCUCAAUGGAUACUCAACAAGUACAAGAGAGAGUUAUAGACAACUCUGAAAUAGAAAAUCAGAUGUGACAGCAUCAGCAAGAUUUCCGAGUAAACUCAUGAAAUGAGCAACACGAACACGCCCAUCCAAGGCAGUAUGCUUUCUUAAAUUUAAUUACCUA